UGUUGACAAAUUGUGGCUCUUAAAAUUGGUUUUUCUCUGUUAAAAUUCACGUAUAUCCUCGAGAAAAUGGUUCGCAUCGCGUCCCAACAUCACAGUGCUCAAGUUCACGGUGUCCAUCCCUAGUUUGACGAUGAUUUUCGGCUGACGGACAACUGUGUCGGGCUAUUUUGUGUGUGUCUCCAUUUGGGGCAGUUUCCCUGUGUGUGCGGGCCUCUCGUGGGGCAGUCGCCCUGCUGAGUGUCCACUGAGUUACCCCCGAACGGGCGGGUUGUCGCGAAUCGCCCCCCUUCGUCUUUGUAUGUUGUGUGAGUUGGGACUUUGAUCGAGCUGGCGACCGCAGGGAGCAAUCCGGGAGGUGGCGGAGCCACCGCCAAGGCGUCCGCCGAGACGACAGAGUGGAACAAUGAGGAAUUGGAUCAGAUGAGCUUCGAUGACUCGGACAGAUUCGAGGAGGACUCCCUCUGCAGCUGGAGCUCAGAGCCGGAGAGUCUCUGCAACAACUGGCGCGGCUGGAAGAAGCCCAUCACGACGUGCACAUUCGGUUGCGGAACAUUCAGGAAAUCAGCUGAAGAAAAUGUAACGACGCUCACGGAAUUGGCGGCUCGAUGUGUCGCUUCGUAUAUUCCCUUUGAACUGGUGGAGCACGUCUUUCCGCCCGUGCCGGAGCAGCUGCAACUCCGCAUCGCCUUCUGGAGUUUUCCGGACAAUGAGGAGGACAUUCGUCUGUACUCGUGCUUGGCCAACAGCUCAGCCGAGGAGUUCCAUCGCGGCGAGUCUCUGUUCAAGAGUCGCUCCGUGAAGGAUCCGCUGCAGAUCGGCUUCCACCUGUCGGCCACUGUGGUGUGCGUUCAGCCGCGGGCGCAGUUCAACGUGGCCGUGACGUUCGAUCGGCGUCGCAUCUCGUCCUGCAACUGCACCUGCACCUCGGCCGCCUACUGGUGUUCGCACGUGGUGGCCGUGUGCCUGCAUCGCAUCCACUGUCCGAACGAAGUGUGCUUGCGGGCGCCGGUGUCGGAGUCCCUCACGCGCCUACAGAGGGAUCAGCUGCAGAAGUUCGCGCAGUAUCUGAUCAGUGAGCUGCCGCAGCAGAUUCUGCCCACGGCGCAGCGUCUGCUGGAUGAAUUGCUCAGCUCCCAGCCCACGGCCAUCAACACGGUGUGCGGGGCUCCGGACCCCACGGCGGGCGCCUCGGCCAACGACCAGACGAACUGGUAUCUCGAUGAGAAGACCCUCCACGAUAACAUCAAGAAAAUACUCAUCAAAUUCUGCCUGCCCGCUCCGAUGGUGUUUAGCGAUGUGAACUACCUAACGAGCUGCGCUCCGCCGGCUGCCUCGGAGUGGAGCUCCCUGUUGCGCCCGCUGCGCGGCCGGGAGCCUGAGGGCAUGUGGAAUCUGCUGUCGAUCGUCAGAGAGAUGUACCGUCGGUGUGACAGGAAUGCCAUUCGGCUGCUGGAGAUCAUCACGGAGGAGUGCAUGGCGUGCGAUCAGAUCCUCGUGUGGUGGUUCAACACCAAGCUGUCCCUGCUGGCGGGCACGGGUGGCCACAGUGGCGGGAAGCACAGCAACACGCACAGCAACUCCAAUGCCUCUCAACACGCCUGCAGCUCUCUUUGCGACGAGAUUGUCGUCCUGUGGCGCCUGGCAGCGCUCAAUCCCGGCCUGGCGCCCGAUGAGCGGGACAUGUUGCAUGCUCAAUUCACAACUUGGCACCUCAAGAUUCUCGAUCGUGUGGCGAAGAAUCGCGUGGUGAAUGCAUCACACAGCGCGAAGCAGCAGCAGAACUCACGACCUAAGUUCUAUCGUACGGACGCUGAGGUGUUUAUUGGAUUUAAGCCGGCCAUCGAGGCGUGCUAUCUGGAUUGGGAGGACUACCCAAUAGCUGGAAUAACGCAUACUCAGGAUACGAAUCCCAUGUAUCACUGUCCCUUCACGUGCUUCAAGCACUCAGACACGAAUAGUCACCAGGUGAAUUCGAGUCAAGCGGUGCUGAUGAAUAAUGUAAAGCAUUAUCAGCCAAUGACGGCGAUUCACAAUGCCACGCUGAAGAAUCGACGAGAGCGCAGCUACAGAGAUCGCUGCUAUGUGUCGAGCAGCAAUAACAGCAACAGCAGUUCGGACAGUGUGAAUGAGCGCCUGAAUUCGCAUCUGGACGAGUUGGGGCAUCAUCGCGACGAUGGGAAUCGCUCAAGUGCCAGCAGUGAAGGGUUCUGCGAGAAUGAGAACGACGACGAGGGUAUGGACAGUGGGGGCAAUGCGGAGGGUGCCAUUAGUGUGGUGGUGGUCGCGGCGUCGGCCGGUCAGGACAGUGGUGAGGCGACAACGAAUAGAAUUGUAAGCAUCGAUACUCAGGUGGCGGGGUCGCGUGGCUGUGACUCGGCUGGGAAUUCGUGUACAUCGAGCAACGAUAGCUUGAGCAACACGGAGAAGUGUGAGCCGUGUGCGGAGGAGAACGGCGGCGCGAGGAGUUGUGUUACGGUGACUCUCUUGGUCACCUCCUCAGAUGAUGAGCACAUGCAGACGGUGGACAGUAGUACUAGCUGUAGUGUACAUUUAGAUAGUAGCCAUGUAAAUAGUUUCAAUGAGAACGUGAACGAGGUGAAGCACGAGACGGCAACUCAAACAGCAUCAAGCACUUCACCACCAGUAUAUACUGAAAGUGCCAAUGAGAAGGGGAGCACUCAGGGCCAGCCGUCGAAAGGCUGUCAGGCUGACGAAGCCGCAGGAGAAGUGACAGGCUCCGGUGAGACAUUGGAGACAAAUUUGCGUCGUCCGUCGAAGGAGGAGAGUCUCUCAAGUUCAGAGUCGAUAGAUGAUUAUAAUGUCUACUAUUAUGACUCCAAGCCAACUGCCACAGCGCCUGGAGCCACUGCACUGAGUUGCCACUCGGCCUGUGAUGCCAACUCAUGUGCAUAUGAGAGCAACAAAUACAAGGCGCCGGAGCCCAAGAGUCAGAUCUUCUCGAACAUCAAGCCCACGGAGGACGCCUGGGAUAUACUAUUUGCGCGGGCUGAAGGUCUGCACGCUCAUGGACAUGGUAGGGAGGCGUGCAUCCUUGCUGUGCGUCUCGCUGAAGAACUGCUGGCAAAUCCACCCAACUUGAUGAUUGAAUUGCCGCCGCCGCCGAAGAGGAAAGGCGGCAAGAAGUCGUCAAUUCACCCGUUGUCGCAUCAGAUGAGCGUGUUGGCGUCAGCAACACUCUCCAAGUGCGCCUUUCUCUGUACAGUUCUGGCUGAGAACUCUGAACACUAUCAUCUAGCAUUUCGCAUUUGUCUCUUUGGUCUGGAAAUGCCUCGACCGCCGGCCAGCACGAAGCCGCUGGAGGUGAAGUUGGCGAAUCAAGAGGCGGACUUGCUAGCACUACUGAAGCGUAUUCCAAUGGGACAGUUGGAGUUGAGAGUGAUUCGGGAGAGAGCGGAGCAUCUCAGAGACUGUACGCUAAAGUCACGCGGAGAAGCCCUGUUGCCCAUCAUGUUGGCCAGCUUCAUCUUCGACGCAAUGGUGAUGCCUUCAAUUUCGGGCAAAGAGAACCGGAAUAAGGUCAUGAGUAUGUCUUACCGUUUGCCCACGGAUGAAAAUUUGGGAUUUGAAGCGGCUGUGGCGGCUCUGGGACUGAAAGCGAAUGUCUCAGAGGCGGAGCAUCCGCUGCUUUGUGAGGGCACCAGACGCCAGAGGGGAGAUUUGGCAGUGACUCUGCUGUAUUAUUAUAAAGAUGAGCCGAGGAAGAUCGCGAAGAUCAUGGAGAAACUUCUCGAUAGGGAGAUUCAUGUGUUGAUGAAGACACCUCUCCUGCCGGCGUACUACUCCAACAAUCCACCCGUGAGGACAGCGGGUCAAUACUCUCGGCGGGAUGAACAGGAGACAGUGGCUCAAAUGAUGACGGAUACGCUGCAAGAGUACGGAGGAAAUAGUCGACCGCAGAGCAGCACCAGUGCUGAGUUGGAGGGUUGCAUGGGUGCCAUGAGUCUCUCUGGAGCACCUCAGGGAGCUGCUGGCGGCGGAGGAGCAAUGGGAGCGCCCGGAGUGGGUCCUGGUGGCGCAAUGCAAGCCCAGGGUACGAGGAUGAAGGACUCGCGGUAUAAGGGAAAGCGCCCUUAUCCCUCGAUUCCCAAUCAACCAUCCGAGGCGAGUGCUCACUUUAUGUUCGAAUUGGCCAAGAACAUCCUGGUCAAGGCGGGCGGCACGAGCUCCACGUCACUCUUCACGCAGGCUUCGACGAACCAGAAUCACCAUGGACCUCAUCGGGCUCUGCACAUGUGCGCCUUCCAGUUGGGCUUGUACGCUCUUGGGCUGCACAAUUUCGUCUCCCCGAAUUGGCUGUCCAGGACAUACUCGUCACAUGUGUGCUGGAUCGUUGGCCAGGCGAUGGAGAUUGGAGCUCCGGCGAUCUCUUUUCUCAUUGACACUUGGGAGGGGCACUUGACACCGCCGGAGGCAGCCGGCAUGGCUGACAGGGCAUCUCGCGGGUGGGACAACAACAUGAUCUAUCCGGCAGCGGAGUUGGCUCUGUCAGUCCUCCCUCACGCUGCUGCCCUGAAUCCCAGCGAGAUUCAGCGUGCCAUUCUGCAGUGCAAGGAGCAGUGCGAUCAGAUGCUGGAGAGAGCGUGCAUCACUGUGGAGAAUGCCGCCAAGGGCGGAGGAGUGUACCCGGAGGUACUCUUCCAAGUGGCCAGAUACUGGUAUGAGUUGUACAUUCGCAACAGUCCCAGCGGUGAGAUGGAGCACGAGAUGGGCAAUGAUGUACAUUUGGAUCACAAUGUGAUGAAUCUUGGGCCGCUGAUGGAAUCCCAGGAGAUGCCACCUCAGGUUGUUCCGCCGCCGCAGCAGCAAGCGCCACCGCCGCCUCCACAGCAGGCGCCGCAGCAACCUCCGCCGCCCGGGCAGGGUGUUGUGGUGGCGACUACGACACCGCCGCAGCCCUAUCAGCAGGCCGUGACGACACUGGCGCCCAUCGGCAUGACCCACUACGGCCCGUACAGCUUCCCCUGUCAGGGCAUCUACUCCCAUCACCACAACAUCCCCUUUCCGCACAAUCAGAUGCAGAUGUACAUAUCGACGCCACCGCAGUUUCCCUACCCGCCACCCAACCAACAGCCCGGACCGUACGUGCAGCCGCCGCCUUUCCAGCAGAUGGGCCACCCAGCCACUGUUGGACCACAAGGUUACACGCCCCUGCAGUGCCCCACCCAGCAGCAGUACUCGGGCGUCCAGGUGCCAGUUCAGAUGCCUGUUCCACCGCCCAAUAAUGGUCAGAUGCAGCAAAAUAUGCAGUAUUUCAGCCAGGCAGUGACUCUUGCUCCUCCGCCACCGCCGCCCAACAUGAGCAACAUGGGCAGGAAUCAGCAUCAGCCUCACGGAUCUCAUCACAGUGUCAUGUAUCCGUUUGUGCCGAAUCCCGUGCGCCAGAGGCAUCCUCAUCAAUUCAGCCAAAUACAGCUGAGGUACUUGCUGGCGGCGUACAACGUGGGCAUGCUGGCGAUGGAGACUCUGGCCAGGAGGGUGCACGAUGAUCGUCCGCAGGCCAAGUACGCCCGAGAUCCACCCUAUGGGGAGGAUGUGAAAUGGUUGCUGAGAAUUUCUAAGAAAUUGGGCACUCAAUACCUCCAUCAAUUCUGCGUGUGUGCCGUGAAUUCCAUCGUGAGCCCUUUCGUUCUGCACGAUGUGGCCAUUGAGUCGGCUUACUAUUUGGCGCGCAACAAUCCGGCGCUCGUUCUCCAACACCUUCGAUCAGCUCUCACGCCUCUUGUGCAAAAGUGCCAGCAAAUGUACAUUCAGUGCAUUCAUCAGAAGUUGUAUCAUCUCACCACGGCAGACUAUGAGGACUUCUCGAGCAUUAUUUUGGCCGCCAGGGCAGCUUUUCAGAUUACGCCAGAGGGAAAUGCACAAUUCAAGGAUUGGCUGCAGUCCAUCAGGCGAUCGAAGUCCUGCAAGAAGGACUUGUGGACGCAGAUCAAUGCUGCACUGCAGAACAAUUCCAAAUGACAAAGACUCGACUCGGUCAGCUCUGAAGGGGUUGGUCCAGCGCAUUCGACACCGUGCAGCUCACAGUCGCGUCCGUACGUUCAGGGGGGCGGCAAGAGGCCCUACUGAGGGCGUCCCACCAUCACAAGUUGACCCACAUGCAGAGAGACGCGAUGAAAGUCCAUUUCUUUAUUUUGGGGUUUUGUUGAAAAUCUAAUUUUUGACCAUCACAGUUUCUUCUUCUUGCGUUCGUGUUUGAUGGAAAAGAAAUCCCGAGGACUUUUUCCUCCUAUUUUACUUGGUAAAGAAAACAGAGAAAAAUGUCUAAUUUCAAUUUUUGCGUGAUUUUUUUUUUUAAAUAAUAACUAUGAUAAAAAUGGAAAUUUUCUCUCUUUUAGAGAACUAAGUAAUAUUAAUUGAAAAUGUAGAUUUUCAAGAGAGGAUUUAAUUUCCUGGAUAAUUCUAAUAGAUUUAUGUUUUUUUUUCUAACGGAAUUUUAAUGUGAAGCCAUGGAGGAAAUAUUUUACUGAUAGAAGAUCAUAGAAUUAAAAACCCUCAUCACCUUUUCUUUUAGCUAAUGUUAGAUGAAUUUUUUCCCCUAAAAUGCUUUCUUGGUAGGUUUUAGAUGACAAUUGCAGCCGUGACAGAAUCUCAGAUGAAAUUUCACAAUAAAUAAUCCAUCAUUCUUACACGCCUUCGUGAAUGUACUAAACUACUAUAUAGAUUUUUGUCUCAGAAAGAUUAACUCUAAAUAAAUACAGUAGCAUAAAAAGUCCCAUUUGUGUUCAUAUAAGUCGUGAAAGUGAAAUGAAAACUGAGAUGAAAUACUUUUUAAUUUAUUUUACGGUUAAUUGACUUUUGAAAUAAAUUGUGAGUCCUUUUUGUGUCUCUAGAAAAUGAAAAUAUGAAAUAGCAGAAAAAAGGAAGUAGGAAAAAAUUAAUAGGAUUUUAAUGUCACGCAUAAUAGCAUCACAAUUACGUGAAAAAAAAUAUUGCGAAAAUAAACAUCCUCUUUUCUUUAUAUACAUUUUAUUGAAUGUAUCCGAUUCUUUUGUCGCUGUAUUUUUUAGUGUGUUUCGUUUUUUUACAUAAUUUUUUUUUAUUUACAAAAAUACAUAUAUUCUUAUUUUAUAAAUAUACACCAAUUUUAUCCUGAAGCGUUAUUUUUAUUCCUUUCUCUGUGGUCCCUUUUUAACCGCCUUUUUUGUCUCUCAGUGCGCAACAUUUGCACGAAAAGCGUUCUUACUUUGGGUAUAGAAAUAGACACUUAAAAUGAAACAUUGAAACAGGACGGUUGUGCAUUUUCACCGUAGAAACCCGAAGAAUGUAUAGGAAAUCCAAGGCAAAGGAGUAGUUUUUAGGAAGAAAUCAACAGUUGAGUGUUUCUUUUGUUCUAUUUAGAAGCGAAAAAACAUUUCUUUGCGCUUAUUUUUCGGCGAAAUACUUGAAGAAUGCAUAGUUGUAGUGGUAUAAAAUUUAAUGGGUAAUUUUAUGAAAAAAAAAUCUUUCUCUUGCAUUUUGUGUGAUUUUUUGUGGUAGUUUGUAGGUAAAAAGAAAGAAAAAAACACAUUUUAAACAAGUAUAAAAUAUAACCUUGUAUUGUAUUUGAAUUGAAGAUUCGUGUAAAAAAAACGUAGAUUUUCAGAGUAUAGAUGAAAAAAUUUCUGUAUUUUUUGUCUCACACGCCCUCACUCAGAUGAAAAGUGAAUAAGAAAAAUAGAAAUUUAACAAUUUAAACGAGAAAAGUAAUGAGAAAAAACAGUAGAUGAUAGAAAUUGAGAAAACAACUCAUAGGUUUUAGUGCGUCAUGUAUAAAAAAAGAAAUCUACCUUAACCACUUAAUAAAUAUUACAUACUAAGAAAUAUUCUUAUAAUAAAAUUUUAAUAAAAUAAUGGAUAAAAGAGAUAUUCUUGAGAACAUGGAAAAAUCGAGUACAUUUGAUGUUAUCAAUUAUUGAUGGAUAUAGUGGCGUUUUUCCGCAGACAAAUCUUACGUUUUCUUCUGUUCGUGUAGUUUUAAUCACGAAAGAAAUUCUAUGAAUUGCAAAUCACGCGCAAUUUCUCACAGCAAUAGUUUUGAAGAAAGAAAAGAGUUAGAAAUAUAUAGAAAUAGCCUUUUAAAAGAGAGCAGAAAACAAUACCCACCUCUUGUCCUUCUCUUUGUUGCAUAUUUUAGAGAUCGAAAGGAAAAGAAGGAAAAUACAGAAUGAUGUUUUGUCAAAAUUGCUCUUUCCAGAGAGAAUUCAGUAAAUAAAAUCUAUUAACAUUUCUUCAAGUUACAUUUAUGAAUAACGAAAAAUUGAAUAAAUUAUAAAAUAAACAUUUCUUUUCAAAACUGUUCAGACCCUAAGAAAAAAAACAUAAGAAAGAGAAAACUUUUUAAAGAGUAGCGAAGAAUUUUAUAGGCAGGUAAUGAAGAAAAUUAUAUAUAUAAAGAAAUAAUGAAAAAGUCUAGAAAGAGGCAAAAAAAGACAUAUUUUUACACUCACUAUAAAGAAGAUAAAGAGGUUGGCGAGAGAAAAAAAAUAUCCCAGGAGGAAGAUUCUAACAUCCCUCUUUCGUGUAACAUCUAGCCCACAAUUAAAGAAAAAAUACUUCUUUUUGGAAUAUGAAAAAAACAACAUGAAAAUUAUCAUGCAAUACUGUGUCUUACGAAGCAUAGGAAAGAGAAAGAUUAACACUUAUUCUUCAUUGUCAGAGAAAGAGAUCAAAGAGUAGAAGAGACAAGAGAUAUUCUUAUUGAGCAUUCAAAAUACUCACUAUAAAAAAUAUACAUAUUUAUCUUGGUGUUGUAAUAAAAAAUGAACAAUUUUUAAAAGCAAAAAUGAAAAUAUUUAACAUAAUCUUAUUAUAGAAUUUUAUUAUUAAUGAGAAAA